ACUUUUGCCAUGUGGAAAAAAGCCUUGGCUUAAGCUGAGUUUCCCAGUAUUCAAGAAUAUUUAACUCAACAGACUCAGAACCGACAGGAUAUAAGGAUUCAUCCAGGUAUGAGUGGAGACUGCAGAUCGACAGGAAAAUUCUCUUGCGGAUCAACUGGUGGGUUGAACACUUGCCGUGCCUCUUCUACUUCGCUGUGUGCAUUAUCAAUAUCCACAAGACUGAACCUGGGCUGUUUGCUUUGUCGAAGUGUGUGACAAUAUAUACUAAAUGAACUAAAAUGUGUUGACUUUGACUGUUCUGAACUUCGCACUGUUUCCACUGCUUAUACGCAAGAUCUUGCCGUGCUGCCUCAUGAUUAUUUUAGGAUAAACAGCUUGCUCUUACUUGAUCCAUCAAUAUAUCGGUGUGCGAAAGUCCCGUAACUUUCGAAGCCUUUUGCCUAAAAUCAGCCAAUUUACUGACCUUGAAAAGAAAUGUGGAAACUCACCAAACGCCGAUCUUAUACGGUAUUGGAAGGGGUUCCGACUAAAAAGCGGAUUAAAAUGGUUUGCGAUGUGGGAUCCUCGGCGAUGUUCUUCAGCCAUCCACCACAAUUAAAUUUUCGCGCAAGACCCAUAGACAUGAUCAUAAAAUAUGUUUUAGGCGCAUCAAUUAUGCUGAACAUCUACAUGAUGCUCUCCGUCACAUCCAAUGAUCAAAUAUUCCAUUCAUUAUCCCAAUCCUUAACCAACUCAAGCAGCCAUUCUGUAUCCCAAUCUUUAUCCAACGCAAGCAGUCAUUCUUUAUCCUUAUCCAACGCAAGCAGCCAUGUAGUCUCUACCUCAUCCGAUUACUUAUUCCAACGAUCCAUUGGAUAUGCCGGCAGCGGGAACCGGAUCAGAGAGAAAUUAGCAAAAGCGUCCAAUGGCGAAGACAUCAAAAUAGGCGUGUUGGGCGGUUCGAUUUCCACCGGACACAAACUGGAACAAAAAGACAAAGAGGUAUACCACUCUGUCAUCUUCGACUGGUUCACCAACAAGUUCCCUGUCGGCCAGCACAAGCUCGUCAACGGCGCGGCGCCAGCAACAGGCUCGUCCUAUUUCACAUAUUGCCAUAGCAAACACAUUCCAGACGAUCUGGACAUCAUAUUUAUAGAAUUUUCAAUCAACGACGGCAGCAUCUAUCCGACAGAGCGGGGCGACGGCGACCCAGGCAUCACCAAGAACAUGGAGCUGCUAGUGAGAAACUUAAUGCAAAUGCCGAACAAGCCUGCCAUCGUUUUCCUGUCAUUCUUUAGCUUCAAGGUGGAUUACUACUUCAACGGGCAAGAGGCGCAUAUGGCAAUUGCCAAUUACUAUGACAUCCCAUACAUAUCAUUCAAAAACGCAUAUUACGAUCAUCACAACCGAUUUCCCAAUGAUGUCUACACAUUAUUUUCAAGCGACGAACACCAUCCAAAUAAAGAAGGACACCGAAUGAUGAGCGCGUUCGUCAUCCAGUAUUUGGAAAGCAUACAAGGGCCGAAGGCCAUCAACUCGCCUGAUGCUGACAUCCCGUUGCUCGACAUGUGGACGACGCGGAAGCACCAGGCCAGCUUUUUUGAACUAAACCCCUUCUGCGAAACAUUCAUGGAUAAGACCUACAAGCCAUCUUCCAUGGACGGCUGGUAUCUGAUGAACUGGAAGAAAGAAAAAUAUUAUAUCGCAUCGGACACUCCAGGAUCGCGGAUCACAUUUUCCGUCGAAGCAAGCAAAGGAUCCGUCUACAUGUACAUCCUGAAAUCGAAUCAAUACGACUUGGGAAAUGUCUGGUGCUGGGCCGAUGAUGACCGGGACAGUGGCAAAGAGUUGUCUGGGCACUGGGAGAUCGGUAGAAGCAUCGGCCAUAUGAUGCUGGUGUCGGACAGCCUGUCCAAAGGCAGCCACGACAUCCACUGCGAAGUGCUCGACGGCGAAAAGACACAUUUCAGAAUAAUAGCCAUAUUCAGCGGAUGAAGCUUGUAUCCAUUCGUUAUUUAAUACUACACUAGUCCUAUAUGCCAUAGAAAAGUUCUGCAUCUAAUAAUGACUGAUAUAGUGUACGCUUUUAAAGACUUUGCAUCGAUUUAUGAGUGAAUAUGCGAAUAUCUUUAAUUUGUGGCCCUCGUUCGAGGUUGAGAUUAGUUCUGAAUCCUGUGCUUUUUUACCGCUCCACAAGAUCGAUAAUAUCCUUACGAUAAGCUCACACCUUGAAUUUAACAAAUUAGUUGCAAAUCAGCCUACUACGCUGCCAA